GUACCAAUAGCUGAGGCGUUCAGUGUUGUUCCUGGGCCGCACGUCUCUGGUUCCGGGUGCGGCGUUCGGCUGCUGUACGGAGUUGCUCUGAUUGUAGUAGCGACACGCUGCCUGCGGAGACCUCGCCUGGACGGGAGGGAGCUGCAACCUCCAGGGGACAACAUGCCAACUGCCAAGCAGCUAGCUGACCUUGGCUAUAAGACCUUCUCCGCCUCUAUGAUGCUGCUCACUGUGUAUGGGGGCUACCUCUGCAGUGCCCGAGUCUACCACUAUUUUCAACUGCGCAGCUCCCGGCGCCAGGCUGCAGAAGAACAGAAGACCUCAGGAGUCUUGUAGAACUGGGGACUCUUUCCCCUGAGCAGAGAGGCCUGAGGCAUGCUAUGGAAAGACCUCACUGCCGUCACUUACAUAUCAAGAGAACCAGGGCCUUGAUGCUUUUCAAGCCUUGCUGGAAGAAAGUGUGUUUCCUUUGGUACUGCCAGUUUGGGGAGGCUAUCGACUCAGCAGGAAUAUGGGAGUGAGGUGUACCCAUCGACAUUAAAUAUUUUGCCGUUUCUG